UUUCAUUUUUCCCAAUCCAACAGCAAGAGAUAUUAGUGAAAAACUGAACUCGGUUACUUCUGUUGAUCAUGGACGCUGCAUCGGGUGGAGCGGCACCGGCACCCGCACCGGCGAGUGCAUCGGAGGCGGAGGGAUCUUCAGCUGCGGCGGCGGCUGCUGCAGCUUCGACGGCGCCGCCUAGCCGUUACGAGUCGCAGAAGCGGCGUGACUGGAACACGUUCUUGCAGUACCUUAGGAACCACAAGCCGCCAUUGACGUUGGCGCGGUGCAGUGGCGCGCACGUGAUCGAGUUCUUGAAGUACCUCGACCAGUUCGGGAAGACUAAGGUUCACAUAACAGGGUGCCCUUACUUCGGGCACCCGAACCCGCCAUCUCCGUGCGCGUGUCCGCUGAAGCAGGCGUGGGGCAGCCUCGACGCGCUCAUCGGAAGGCUGAGAGCGGCGUUCGAGGAAAACGGCGGAAGACCCGACUCGAACCCGUUUGGUGCUCGGGCGGUUAGGAUUUACCUGAGAGAAGUUAGGGAAGGACAAGCCAAGGCUCGAGGGAUUCCUUAUGAGAAGAAGAAGCGGAAGAGAACCGCCGUUACCUCCGCCAUGGUGUCAGCUGGGAGUGGUAGUAGUAGUGGAGCUGCUGCUGCUGCUGCCGCCGCUGGCGGUAGUGGUGGCGGUAAUAACAGCGGAACUGGUGUUAGUGUAGCUUCUGCCGCUCCUGCUGCACCUGGUGUUACUGUUACUGCUACUACUACUACCGUAUAGUAUAAUUUUAAUAUUUUGAUUUUAUUUUAUUUUUUUCUUUUUAAUGUUAUUAACUAUCUUUAUUUUUAAGGAAAUUAAUUGUGAUUACAUAUUUA